UCUGCUGUGUUCAGAAAGAUUCGCCACGUGGCCUUUCAAUCAUCCAAACUGCAAUCCAAACCAACACAACACCGUUGGUAUCGGUAUAACUGAACUUGGAAGGCUCCAACGACAACCGGUAUGUUUGCAAGAUGAUGAAACUGUGGUUCUCCUCAGUAGUAAUUAUAGCGACGGCAUUUCUGCCCACUCGAUCUGCUUUUUUGGCGCUUCGUCACGAUGUCAUUGCUUCCCAGAGGACAUGCCGCCAGAUUGGCUUCAAUCCGAGCAACCCUCCCACCAAGGCUGUCUUCACUACUGGUACUGGGGUAUUGUGCUCCACUGCUGUCCCACAACGCCUCUUUGUAAGAUUCUCCAAAGGACGUGACGAUGAAGAGACAGACCAGGGUAGCAGCAAGAAUAGCAACAAUUCACCAGACUACAAAGAUCGCCUUGCCAAACUGGAUCAAACCAUUGCCGAAGCGGCAGAAGAACGAAAACGACUUUUGAAAGCAGAAUUGGAUCGCAUGGACAAAUCAACUGUAAAGAAACGAGAAGCUAAAGAAGAUUCGUUGGUAAAAGAUGAGGGAUUGGUUCCUGUGGACGAGUGGACUGCCAGAGAACUGCGACAGCCACCACCACCCUACACAGAACCAGUAUUUCAAAAAAGAACAAGUAGUCCGUCACGAAUCAGCACACGAUCCCGAGUCUCACGGUCAGACGCAGGCACUCUGGUGAUUGAAGUUACUCCAGAAGGAAUUUCCACGGGCACCUUAUUCAAUGGAGCGUUUUCCGUGGCGUGGUUCUCGGCCAUUGUUCCCGCGACACUGGCGGCAGUCAGUGGAGGAGCGCUGGGAAUGGCGUUGUUUAUGGUCCCCUUUUGGGCUGCCGGUGGCAUGGUAGCCAAACAAGCCGUUGUGGAUCCAUUCAUCUCCAAUACAGUCACGAUUGGUCAAUACGCUUGGAGCUUGGAGCAGCGAUACGGAGACGGUAGCAAGCGCCAGGGAGCGGCUAUUCAGAAACAAGAAGGCGCCACGGCUGAUCUACAAGGAGCCAAGGUAGAAUGUCCCUUGAUUGUCAACAAUGUGCCACAGUAUCAGUUGAAUCUGUACAGUAAUGGGUAUAAUGGUGGCGUGGUCAGCCUUGGAGUUGGGUUACCUGAGGAGGAACUCCUCAAGGUUGCCGAUGAAAUCAACAAUUAUCUGGAAAGCGUUGCAUCUGAAGAGGGAGAUGAGGCGGCUCUUCGAUAAUGGUAAUGAUAAAUCCACUAGCUAGCGACUCGAAGAAAAAAAAUGGAGUUGCAUAAUGCAACUCGCUGUGUGUCAUAACCUGAUGGAGCGCUGUGUGUGCUGUCUACACGGUUCCGAACACGAGAAAGGAGUUAUCCUCCGAACUGCCUGCAGCAAAUAGCAUAUGUGUAUGGCUGCCAAACAAAACAGCGACAAAAAACUAGCUGGCUAGCGCACGUAACCGAGAUCAAACUAGGUCAAGCUAAUAAGACCUACAAGGGGCAGCCGUUCUCCUCUGCCCAUGCAAGGACUUCUGGAUGCCUGCCUCUAGCACUAGCAA